AUGUAUGGGGAGAAUGCUUGUUGUUGUUUUUUUAGGGGGGGGAGGGGUAUUUGCAUCUUACCCAACCUCCUCACAUUCAGUCAUUUUUUUUCCCAGAUAUUUCUAUACAUGGGAUCAUUUGCAAACAGUCCUCAGUGGUUCAAGCAGGCUUUUAUUGGGGCACCAUUAGGUGAAUUAGUGCAAUGGUCUGAUCUCAUCGCAGCGUUAUUCAUACUUGGUCAUAAUAUAGUGAUCUGCACCAGGAAGGAAGAAGUUAAAAAUCAUUUGAACAUGCCUUUAUCCCGUGGCUGUCCAAGCAAGGCUCGYCCUGAUGAAUAUGAUCUUGUCUUCACUGAUUAUGUUGGAAUCACAUUUCUUAAAAGAGAAUUGGGUCCAAACUUUUCCCAGUACAGGUGUCGACUUAGGAUCUUAGAUUCAUUUGGAACUGAGGUGGAAUUUAACUAUGUCAAUCCCUUGAAGCCAUCRAUGACAAGGAAAAGAUCUUCUUGGGGUGGAGAAAAUCUUCACCUUAGACAGUUUAUGACCAUGUUCCCUCAUACACCAGAUAACACCUUUCUUGGCUUUGUCGUUGAUGUGGACAUGAACAAAAAAGAGCCCAUUAAAACUAAAUCUGGAACAAAACCUAUUGGWGUGGUGUAUGGAAAAGAUGCAAAGUUUUGGAAGUUUAAAGAUCAGUAYCUUGAACAGUUGUCUAAGUAUCUGGAAAUACAUGGAACAGUGACUGGAACGCGUAUGAAAACCUUUGUACCAGACUGGGUUAAAAAUCACAACAUCUUGAGUGGUCAAGACUAUCAGGAACUACUUGGUCAAACUAAGGUUUACAUAGGACUUGGUUUUCCCUAUGAUGGACCAGCUCCACUGGAAGCCAUUGCACAUGGUGCUGUGUUUUUAAAUGCAAAAUUAAGUCCCCCACAUAGCAGAGACAACACAGAUUUUUUCAAGGAAAAGCCUACCUCUCGAAAGUUAGAUUCUCAACAUCCAUAUGCAGAGAAAUUCAUUGGGAAACCCCACGUCUAUACCAUUGACAUCAAUAACAGUGAUGAAGUUAAAUUAGCUAUAGAAGAAAUAUUACAAAUGGAGGUAAAGCCUUACAUUCCUUAUGAAUGGACACCUGCAGGAAUGCUUGAAAGAGUCAACGCKUUGGUUAUAAAUCAGAAUUUUUGCGAUGGAAAUAUUAAAUGGCCACCAUUGAAGGAACUGCACACACAUGUCAGCAAAGUUGAUAAAUCCUGCUCUGAAACCUGCGAUGAAUACGGUUUGCUGUGCGAGUCGUCAUUUUUCAAUGAUAUUAAUAAUCUGGAGGCGUUUAAAAGAGCUGGUAUCGAAUGUAAAGCGUCCUACACCAAAGAUUCAUUCCAUGCUCCUUCGACUUCCUCAGUAGAUGAYUCUUGUCUUAUUCAGCAAACUUCACUACUUUUYAGYUGUUCCAGUCGUUCACCUAUCUACACUCGUCUCUGCCCCUGUCGAGACUAUAAACCACAACAAGUCGCUUUAUGUAAAAAUUGUACCUGAUUUAUAUAUGCUUUUGUACAUUUGCAGAUUUUCAUACGCCCGUGAUAUGAAAAAUCUGAAAUAAGAAUAAGGUCUUUGAACCCGUGAAACAAAAGUCAAAGCGGUGUAUUUAUGAUGUAAAAAAAGAGUUCUUUCUAAGUCUGKCUCAAAAGUAAUGCAGUUAUGAGUUCGUUUUGUCUUCAUAAUUCUUCUAAUUCGUAAAUCUAUUGUUUUUUUUGUUGUUGUUUUUUUUAAGGCGUACUAUUUCACGGGUUUUUCUAACCUCGGUGUAUUAAAAUAUAAUUAUUAGUCAUGUUAAAUAAUGGGAAAUAUAGCAAUAUAUAAAGKUUUUCCAUGGGAUUAUGGAAACAUCUCCCUUUAGCCUUAUAUACAAAGUACGUAUAGUUAGUAUUUUUAAUAAUAUUUUUUUAAGAAGAAAUAUAAAAGUCACAAAAAGUCUGAAUAAACAUAUUUCGCAUUA